AUGCAACUCCUGCUGGACUAUGUGCAGAAGAGAAUGAACUGGCCAGAAGAGUUGAUAUCAGCCCUGGAGGCGUUGGAGCAUCAGGACCUGGCUGAUGAACUGAGGGCAGAGUGGAACAAGCACAACCAGAACAGUACGUCACCAUCAAAUCAAAUCAAACUUUAUUUAAAGUUUAAAAACAGACUUUACAGUGGAACCUCAUUGGACAAUAGGACCUUUGUUUGUGACUCAGUUCAAUAUUGUGUAUAUGACAAGAGGGGAAAAGUAGUUAUUUUUGUUGGUAUUGUUCAACCCCUUCGGAGCUUGGUUCCUCUCUAGGUUUCUUCCUAGGUUCCUGCCUUUCUAGGGAGUUUUUCCUAGCCACCGUGCUUCUACAUCUGCAUUGCUUGCUGUUUUGGGGUUUUAGGCUGGGUUUCUGUAUAGCACUUAGUGACAUCUGCUGAUGUAAAAAGGGCUUUAUGAAAUGCAUUUGAUUGAUUGAAUGCUGUAUAUGGCUGGACUACUUUAUUCAUCCAAGGACAAUGUAUUUUCCACCUGGUUCACCUUUUACAAUCAAUCUAAAACAGAACAUGGAGGGUAAAUCUGUUGGGGAUGUUGGGGAUGUUGGGGAUGUUGGGGAUGUUGGGGAUGUUGGGGAUGUUGGGGAUGUGCCUUUAUUCUUAAAUGCAUCAACUCAUUUCCUUUUUAAAGUCUGCUCUUGGUUCCCCAGAUCCUUCUCCUGCUGCCACCACUGUAGUCAGGGCCCAUGUCCAUCCAGCUCCUCCUACCAGCCCGUCUCUGCCCAUCUCAGAGAGCUCCGAUGACCCUACAUCUUCUCUGGUUCUCCCAGCUCGGCCAGCACCACCUCCAGAGUCACCCGGCCCUGAGAUUGCUGCCCGUCCGGAGGACGGUGCCCAGCCAGUAGCCCCCACAAGCUCAGUUGCUGAGGCUCCCAUCGCUGGCACCUCCCCAGAGCCAGCCUCACAGGCUCCCGAAGCAGUAGUGAGCCCUGUCUCAGCCCCCCAGGCAGCACCUUCCCCUGUCUCAGCCCCCCAGGCAGCACCUUCCCCUGUCUCAGCACCUUCCCCGUCCAGCGGAGGAGGAGCCCACAGUGGUCUCUGAACCAGAGCCUCCGGUCUCUCACUCUGAUAACGCUGCCUCGUCCCAGCCUGGUCCUGUAGAAACUGGAUCUCUGGAGGAUAACCCAUCUCAUAUAGUCCAGUCUGAAACCGCUCUCACCUUGCCUGUGUCAGACCUAAACCCAGCCCUGUCCCAAACUGAAUACACCCCCACCGCUGCUGCCCCCGCCUUGGUCCAGGCCCCUGAGAGACGUCCGGUUCAGGACACCACCCCACCAACAGCUAAAGUGACCACCUUCCACCAGAAGCCAGUAGAGGACUCUGAUCCAACUGCAACUCAGGUAAAUAGUAUUUCAUGUGAGAUGUUACAUGUUUGCUGACUAGAUAGAGUUAAACUGAAUUUAUCUUGCUAAUGAAAUGAAAUCUGUUGAUCACAUCUACAUUUUUGAAAUGUCAGUGAUGAGAAGCAUGAACUAAAAGCGACUUCUCCUCCAGGUGACUGAAGAUGACCAGAGCCGCCCGGCCACGGCCCCGGCCCCGGUGGAUACCACCCCCGGGCAGGUCUGCCCCUCCAUGGGUGAGGAGAACUGGGAGCUCAGCAAGCCUGAAGUCCUCCUCAGUGAGAACCAGCCAUAUUCAGGGGGCUCAUGGCGUCUGCAGAUGGAUAGCGGGUCAGUGUCUGGCCCAGAACCUGAGCUUGCUGCUGUAACUGCUUCUACCACGCCUGUGACCAGUCCUGAUGUGGUCCCAGAACCCGCCCCAGAGCCCUUGUCUAGUGUUCCAGGUGCAAGGCCUCUGCCGUGUCAGGAGAACGGAGUCCCCGAGGAGCUAGAGGAACCCCUGUCCCACAACGAGCCUGAGGAGAACACGUACCAUUCCCCCUGUCUGAGCUCCCUGGGGGACCAGGAGGUGCUGGUCAAUGUAGUUCAUGUGUCUGAGGACGCGUCCAUCCAGAACAACGACAGCCAGACUCCCCGAGCAUGCUGGGUAAUGUAGACCACGUGUCCGAGGAGGACCCGUCCCUCCAGAAUCAGGAAGGCCAAACGCAAAGAAUGCUGGGUAAUAAUGAUAUGAGUGUGUCUGAAACCCCCCCACCAGUUCAGAACCACAACAGCCAAUCCCAGAUCACACCUCUCUCUGGCUCCACAGACCUUGACCUGUCGUCUGGUCCAAAUCAGGACGGCCAAACUGAGGACGGUCUGGGGAAAGCACUUAGUAAGUCUGAAGAAUCUCAGGGUCUGAUUAUGAUUGUUAACGACCAAGACACCAGCCCCUCAACCAAACAGCCUGAUCCUCCUCCUCCUCCAGCCAUUUCUCCUUCUGUCACCGUCGUCAACGGCUCCUCCACUGAUAACUGUCAUCUCCCGGAGGCUGUGGAGGCAGAGGUCAUGCUCAAGGCCAUGAUGGCUAGCGCUAUCCCUGAACUGAAGCAGAAACAGGAGGAGGAGGGAGCCAGACGGGGAGGGGGCUACUUCCUCCUGUGGACUGCUGCCCUGGGCGUCUCAGCCCUGGUCGUGGCCUGGAGGAUGAAGAAUUAA